UUUAUUGCUAGCAAUUGGCAGUAUUGUGACUGUUUCCAUGAUUUCGGUCGGUAGCAUUUUUUUGCACUGUCAGUUUAUAAGGUUUAUAAUAUAACGUUUAUAAAAAUUCAAUAAUCUAGAGUUUCUAUUCCAUUUUUUUCAAUUCUAGAAGAAAAUGGCUCGACGAUAUGAUACACGAACAACGAUUUUUUCGCCUGAGGGUCGAUUAUAUCAAGUAGAAUAUGCAAUGGAAGCGAUAAGUCAUGCAGGAACUUGUCUUGGGAUAUUGGCGACUGAUGGAAUUUUAUUGGCUGCCGAAAAGCGAAAUACAAAUAAACUUCUCGAUGAGGUCUUCUUUUCGGAGAAAAUUUAUAAACUGAAUGACGACGUUGUUUGCUCAGUGGCGGGUAUCACGUCAGACGCAAAUGUCCUGACAAAUGAGUUGCGAUUAAUUGGACAACGAUAUCUCCUGCAGUAUGGAGAACCAAUUCCAUGUGAACAACUUGUCUCUUGGCUUUGCGACGUUAAACAGGCGUACACACAAUACGGUGGAAAGAGACCUUUUGGUGUUUCAAUUCUCUACAUGGGAUGGGACCGUCAUUAUGGUUAUCAGCUUUACCAGUCAGAUCCGAGUGGUAAUUACGGUGGAUGGAAGGCGACGUGCAUUGGUAAUAAUUCAGCGGCUGCAAUUUCAUCGCUUAAACAGGAAUAUAAAGAGGGCGAGACAACUUUAAAGGAUGCAAUGGCUCUGGCUAUUAAGGUUCUUUCCAAAACUUUGGACAUGAAUAAACUUUCAGCCGAGAAAGUCGAAUUGGCAACUUUAACCAGAGAGAAUGGAAAAACAAAGACGAAAAUUUUACCAGCUGCUGAAGUUAAUGCACUAAUUCAGGAGCACGACAGAUUAGAGGCACUUGCCGAACAGGCCAAAAAGGAAAAGCAAAAAUCUUAGUUUUAUUUAAAUGUGCUUCUUUCAAUUGUCUACAAAUUUGGUUAAUAGAUAUCUAUUCAAUAAAAUGGAUUCUUUUUUAUUCAAA